AUGUUAAUCUCGAAAACAGAUGAUGAUGAUCAACAUAAUGGAAUAAUUAAUUAAAAUCUACCUAUUUGUCCUAAUUGUGGUUCUGCAAAGGAGUGUAUCUAAGAAUAAGUACUUUCUCCAGCAUCAUAUAUAAUUUCUUUAUUUUGCCUUCUAUAUUGUGGAAUAUGGUGUAUUUUUAUCAUACCAUUAGUAUUUUAAUCAACUAAGGUAAAUAAAAUAAAACACAUAGAUAAUAAUAAAAAGAUGUUAUUAUUGCAAUUCUGAAUUAGAAAAAAGGAAUUAUUUUUAAUUGCCAAAUAUAAAUGAUUAAGUAUUGCAAUUUAGAUUUGGAAAUUGUAUUAUUGUAGUAUCAAGAAAGUAUUUCAUGAUUCUAUUGAGUAUAAUAUUUCUUUUAUUCUUUUACUUUGAAUACAUUGUAGAAAAAGAAUCAAAAAAAAUAGAAUUUGAUUUAUAAACUGAUAAAUCAUGGAUGGAUUUUUUACAAUUUUGUGGUAAAUUUUAGUUUGUUGAGAAUGGACUUAAAGCAAGACAUCAAUUUGAAACUCAUUUUAAAAAUAAAAUUAUUUCAUGGAAAGGGUAUUUAUUAUAUAAUUAAAUUAGUGAUUAUGUUUAAACAAAAUCUAACUAUGAUCAAAACUUUCCAUUUAAUUAUUGGGUAUAUAUAAAAAUGGAUCCAACAGAAACAACUGAAGAUAUAUCAGAUAUUGCCUUAGGUGUAAAUUCAAAAUUAUUUCCUCUUGAAAUAUUUACAAAAUUAUAAACAGGAAAACCAAUUAAUUUUGAAGCUAAAUUUUUGCUUUUAGGAUCUGAGUAUAAUUUUCAUAUUUUAGAACUAAAGUAAAUAAAUAUAAAAGAUUCAGAACAUGUAGAAGAUAUUAAAUAGAUAAAGAAAUUUACAUUAAUAAUGGAUUAAACAUAAUAACUGAAAAAAACAAAAUUAUAAGAUUCAUUAAAGCGUAUGAUUCACAUGUAUGAACCUAAGAAUAAUAAUAAUAAAUCUAAUCUAAAUUAAAAUAAUGGAUUUUAAAUGGGAUUGAGUGCUGAAGAAAUAUAAAUAAUUGAAUAAGAUAUUUAAUAAUUUCAUCAAAAAAUUGAAUCUGAAGAGAAAGAAGAAAAGGAGUUAGAAAUUGAUAUAAAAGUUGAAGAUAAAUAAUCUUUGAUUAAAAAUGAAUCAAUUGAAAAAAGUUUAGUAAAUGAAUAAAAGCCUAUUGAAACAAAAUCAUAUGAGAAAGAGCAAAAUGUAUAAGAGUAACCCUAGAAUGAAAGUUAAAUAGAAAAUAAUUAGAUUUAAAAUGAAAUUUAGAAAGUUUGA